AUGCCCAUCAAGACCUGGCUCACAGAAACCCUGGGGGUUCGCAUACCCAUCGUCCAGGGCGGCAUGAUGUGGGUUGGCCGAGCUGGACUCAUCUCUGCCGUCGCGAACUCCGGCUGCCUGGGUUUCCUUACUGCCCUCACACAACCAACUCCGGAAGCGCUGCGCGAAGAGAUUCGUAAAUGUAAAUCAAUGCUUAAACCCUCCGCCGUACAAUUCGGCGUCAAUAUUACGUUAUUACCGGCAAUCGUCAGACCCGAUUACAUGGCGUAUGCGCGGGUUGCUGUCGAGGAGGGCAUCAAGGUCGUUGAAACGGCGGGUGAUCCCUCGCCUAUUCUAAAGUAUCUAAAAGAGAACGGCGUUGUCGUGAUACACAAGUGCGUGGCGCUGAAGCAUGCUUUGCGGGCAGAGAAACUGGGUGUAGACGCCGUGUCCAUCGAUGGUAUCGAAUGCGCCGGCCACGGCGGCGAGUACGACACUACUUCCUUGAUGCUUCUCAGCCUUUGUGCGGAACAGUUGAAGAUCCCAUAUCUUGCAAGUGGAGGGUUCGCAAACGGAAGACAAGUUGCUGCAGCUUUGGCUCUCGGAGCUGCAGGUAUAAAUAUGGGGACGAGGUGGAUGUGUACGGUCGAAUCACCCAUCCACCAGAACGUCAAGGAUACCAUCGUUAAGGCCACGGAGCACGACACUGUGCUCUGCCUCAGGAAGUUUCGAAAUACGAGCCGGUUGCACAAGAACAAAGUCUCGCUUGAAGUGCAUCAGAUCGAGAAUACCAAGCAAGACGUCGAAUUCAAGGACGUUGCUCAUCUCAUGAGUGGCAAGAGAGGAGUAGGCGUAUAUGAGACCGGCGACGUGGAUGCUGGUGUUUGGAGUCUGGGGAUGUGUGCUGGUUUGAUCCAUGAUAUACCCACUUGUGAAGAACUGGCGAAGAGGUUAGAAAGAGAAGCAGUGGACACACUCAGCAAGACCAACGGACUUGUAGUAGCCGAGGCGAAGUUGUAA